AGUUUGAUCAUUGACAUUGGGAGUGUGAGGCAUGUAAGUACAGAGUUAUUAGGGAUGUAGCGUUGUCUGUGAUGCACAUUGCAAUGAUAUUAUUUUUCCUCCAAGUCCCUAUCCUCUUUCUCAUGCCGACUCUGGCCGUUCCAGCCGUCAAAGUGUCAAUGUGCCGUCUCAAGCCGACUGUUCAAUCACUCGGAUCAAGCUUUAUUGGUAGCGAAUGGGGGUUCCUGCACGCCACCCUUAGUUCGGACAAGACUAUGGCAACAGCCUCUGAACCAAACAAACGUGUCCAAAUCUAGUAUUUCCAAUGCUUUCUUUCUCAAUCUCUUACUCAGGAUUGGUCUCCUAAUUCAUGAUAUACCGGAUACUGCCCAUGCCAUCUUUAUUCAGCGCCACGAGUAGAACGUUGU